UCCAGGCCGCGCUCGCCCGGGACCAUGAAAAUGAUUCUGGUGCGCAGAUUCCGCGUGCUCAUCCUGAUGGCCUUCCUGGCGGCUUGCGCGCUGCACCUCGUGCUGGACCUGCUGCCCAAGCUGGAGCGGAGCGCCGCGCGGCCCUCGGGGGAGCCCGGCUGCUCGUGCGCGCAGCCCGCGGCGGAGGCGGCGGCCCCCGGCUGGGCCCGGGCGCGCGGACACCCCGGAGGGGAGCUGGCGCCCGCAGCCUCCGCCGCCGGCGACGCGGGCUGGCCCAACAAGCAGACGCUGCGUGCCCUGCAGGACUUCAGCUCCGACCCUUCCUCCAACCUCACGUCCCACUCGCUUGAGAAACUACCCCCCGCAGCCGAACCGGCCGAGGGCGCCCCGCCGGGGCAGGACCCCAGCGCCCCGCGCCCCCCAGACCGGGCUCGCCGGCCGCUCCCCCGGGACCCCGGCCCGCGUGGACCUGUGCUGCCCCCUGGCUUGAGCGGGGACGGCUCCCUCCUAACCAGGCUGUUCCAGCACCCACUGUACCAGGUCCCCAUUCCACCUCUAACGGAGGGCGAUGUCCUCUUCAACGUGAACAGUGACAUCAGGUUCAACCCCAAGGCGGCAACGGCGGAGAACCCAGACUGGCCACACGAAGGUCUUGAGGAUGAAUUCCUGCCCACGGGGGAGACGGCCGUGGACUCCUAUCCCAACUGGCUCAAGUUCCACAUCGGCAUCAACCGAUAUGAGCUGUACUCUCGACGCAACCCUGCAGUGGAGGCCCUGCUCCGUGACCUGGGCACCCAGAAGAUCACCAGUGUGGCCAUGAAGUCCGGUGGCACGCAGCUCAAGCUCAUCAUGACCUUCCAGAACUACGGGCAGGCGCUGUUCAAACCCAUGAAGCAAACGAGGGAGCAGGAGACGCCUCCCGACUUCUUCUACUUCUCGGACUACGAGAGGCAUAAUGCGGAGAUCGCCGCCUUCCACCUGGACAGGAUCCUGGAUUUCCGCCGGGUUCCUCCUGUGGCCGGCAGGCUGGUCAACAUGACCAAGGAGAUCCGGGACGUCACGAGGGACAAGAAGCUGUGGAGAACCUUCUUCAUCUCCCCAGCCAACAACAUCUGCUUCUACGGGGAGUGCUCGUACUACUGUUCCACGGAGCACGCGCUGUGCGGGAAGCCGGACCAGAUCGAGGGCUCACUGGCCGCCUUCCUGCCCGAUCUGUCCCUGGCCAAGAGGAAGACCUGGCGGAACCCCUGGCGACGCUCGUACCACAAGCGCAAGAAGGCAGAGUGGGAAGUGGACCCUGACUACUGCGAGGAGGUGAAGCAGACUCCGCCCUACGACAGCAGCCACCGCAUCCUGGACGUCAUGGACAUGACCAUCUUCGACUUCCUCAUGGGGAACAUGGACCGCCAUCAUUACGAGACCUUUGAGAAGUUUGGCAACGACACAUUCAUCAUCCACCUGGACAACGGGAGAGGGUUUGGGAAGCACUCUCACGACGAGCUGUCCAUCCUGGUGCCUCUACAGCAGUGCUGCAGGAUCCGGCGGUCCACGUACCUGCGGCUGCAGCUCCUGGCCCAGGAGGAGCACCGGCUGAGCCUGCUGAUGGCCGAGUCCCUGCGCGAGGACCGCGUGGCCCCCGUGCUGUUCCAGCCGCACUUGGAGGCGCUGGACCGGCGGCUGCGCAUCGUGCUCCGGGCGGUCGGGGUCUGCGUGGAGAAGGACGGGCUGCACAGUGUCGUGGAGGACGACCUGGGCCCCGAGCACAGAGCCGCGCCCGGCAGGUAGUGAACGCGGGCCGCGGCCAGGCCAGCCGCCCGGGACCCAGGCCCACACGGGGCAGACAGGCUGCCGGGGCAGGCGCCUCGCUUCAGACCCGGGCAGCCGUGGGCGCGCCCUGUGCCCAAGGACAGAGGCGGCCUGGUGGCAGGCCAGCACCCUUUUGUAUGGAAAGGAAGCCUUUACUUACGAUUUUGUAUUUAUACCUGGUGCAAAUGUACAUACAUAGAGACAUUGUCUGUACAGACCCUGACCACCCCGCAGGCCACACUGUGGGCCACCCGGCCGGUCCAGAUGGUCCUGAGAAGGGCUCCCACUCUGGGCCAAGCUCACAGCAGAAACUCUCCUCCCUUCCCGGGGCCACGGGAGGCUCCCGAGGCCCUCACGGACUCGCGUCAAGGGAUGGACAACGCGUGGGUUUCAGGCGAAGUGAAGGACCAGCCGUCCCCCAGGCACCGCACAGUCCUCAGAGCACCGUCUGGAGCCGGUGCACGUGUGACCAGUCCUGCAGCUGGCUACCUUCAAGGCAUUUCCGUGGAAUAGUUUGCAAUGUGGUAAAAGUGCAAUAAAGAUGAGGCAAGUAUGUGCUCGGGC